UUUACUGUCCAUAGACCGGUCCAACGUACGGACGGAAAUUUAUGACAGGGUACCUGUCAUCUGUGGGGGUGAAAGUGGGUGAACCGCGAGUGGGAAGGAUCCUACGAAACGUCCAUCAGCCCUACAAUGAGCUACGUCGUGAGGGAGCAAGAAACCUGAACCCAGUCCCUUAUCACGCAGACUACACGGGCCAUAAAUUACACAUGGACCAAAACGAAAAGUUGGGUAUGUUCGGAGUGACCCAUGUGUUGGCUGUAGAUGGGUACAGCAGUAAAAUUAUGGCUCAAUUCACGAUGCCCGUGAAGAACAAUCUGAUCAUCUAUGAGGAAGUUUACAGGAAAGCAGUUGUCAACAACGGAAUGUGGGACCAGAUUAGAGUUGAUCACGGCAAGGAGUUUUAUUUGACGUUAUACAUGCAGGAGAAGUUGGCUGAACAUCGACACAACACCAAUAGACUCCCUUACCUGCAGACAACCUCUUCAAAGAAUCUUCGAGUGGAAAGAAUUUGGCCAGAGGUCAACAACCGGGUCAACUAUCCCAUCAAACAGGCCCUCAUCCACCUACAGGACCAGGAACUAGUGGACAUGCAGGACAACACAACUAAAUUCUGUGUGUCAAACUUGGCCUGUCAAGUCAGUGCAAUAGGACUUGCUCGAGUUGUGCAGUCCUGGAAUGCACAUAGGAUACCAGGCAGAGGGAUACCAAACCAACUUGCGGCUGCUAGGUGUCCAGCCAGCUGUCCUGUAGAGCUGCUGCCCAAUGCUGCUGAGGCAGCACAUAUGUACGAGGAGGAGAUGGGAUCAUCUCUGACUUGGGUUUCAGCCUUUGGCUCUGACCCGUUUUCAUCCGAUGAACAGAGAGGUCUAGCAGAGCAAGCGUUUGGGGAGAGGUACCCGGACAUGUCUCAUCUCUUCGAUACGGUCGUUAACCAGGACUACACCAUGUUUCAGGAGGCACUGCUCCAUCUAAUUAAUGUCUCUGACAUGCAUGCAACAUUGUAAAUAAAUAAAUACAUAUGAAUCGUGUUAAAAUCAA